UUAAGUGAGGGACAAGACAGAUCGUGUAUAAACACAAGAACGUGUUUAAAAGUUAAAAAUGCGAAUAUACCAAACACUGUGUAAUGUUGCAAAAUUCCGACAGUUUUUUGAUUUUGGUAAUAGAGAAAUAGCUAACUGGUUCCCUGGUCAUAUGGCGAAAGGACUCAGACAGAUGAAGGCGACUCUGAAGAACGUGGACUGUAUAAUAGAAGUUCAUGAUGCCAGAAUUCCUUUCUCUGGCCGUAAUCCUCUCUUUCAGGAAAGUUUAGCCAUUAAGCCACAUUUACUGGUGCUGAACAAAAUGGAUUUAGCAGAUUUAUCAGAGAAGCAGAGAGUUCUCAAACAACUGAAAAGGGAAGGUGUGAGCAAUGUUCUCUUUGCUGACUGCCUAACACAGAGAGAUGAGAAUAUGAAGAAGGUGGUUCCAGUGGUUACAGAGCUAAUUGAAAGCAGCCCCCGGUUUCACAGGACAGAGAACAUGGAGUAUUGCCUAUUGGUGAUAGGCAUACCAAAUGUUGGGAAAUCUUCUUUUGUUAAUGCCUUACGAAGAUUGCAUAUAAAAAAAGGAAAGGCUUCCAAAGUUGGAGGGGAACCUGGUAUUACUAAAGCUGUCUUGUCUAGAAUUCAGGUCUGCGAGAGACCGUUGAUAUAUCUGUUGGACACCCCUGGAGUUCUUCCUCCCAAGAUAGAAAGCUUAGAAACAGGAAUGAAGUUGUCGUUAUGUGGAACUAUAUUAGACCAUUUAGUUGGUGAAGAUGUCAUAGCAGAUUACCUUCUUUAUACGUUGAACAAACAUGAAAAAUUAAGUUAUGUUGAUAAGUAUGAGCUGGGGGAGCCUUGUGAUGACAUCCAGCAUGUUUUGAAAAAGAUUGCAGUUAAACUUGGAAAAACUCAGAGAGUUAAAGCCAUCACUGGAGUAGGGGAUAUCACUAUCACAGUGCCAAACUAUAGUGCUGCAGCCUAUGAUUUCAUCCGAGUUUUCAGGAAAGGAGAACUAGGCAGGGUGAUAAUGGACUGAUUGACCAAACUCUGUGGACAAAGAUAAGCUGUUGUGUCUACAACGUGAAACAAACUAGAGAAUUAACUAGUAAAACUCAUUGUAUAUAACGGGUUUCUUGAAUUAUUUUUAUGUAAAAGCACAAAGUAAUAAUUAAACUGACUUUAUUUAAAUAUCAUGUCCAGUUGUUGCAUUGAAUGUUCAAAGUUCUCUUUCACACAUAAUGGUACAAUACAGUAACGUAGCCUUUAGAACUUAGUGUAUCUAUUAUUAAUACAGCCGUGUACCUUGGUCUGGGGAGGGGUCACGUGAGUAGGUAAGUCCAUCUAUGUGCAAUAUCCAUUUGCGUCAAAUAUGCACAGAAAUCAAGUCUUUUUCAUUGGAAAAUCUUAAACACAGCUAUUUUAAGUCUGAUUUAGUCUGUAUGUAAUGCACAAGAGAUAAUCUGAUUCUACUCCAGAAAUAACAACAGUUGUUUCAUACUCUACAUCCAAAGAUUAACCUGUUUAUCCUAUUUUAUCUGGUAAAGAUUUUUUUUCCCCCUUCUGAACUUUAAUGUCUUCUUAAGCCAUAUUUAUUAAAGAUAGAUUGUGCCUGCUAGUAUAGUAUUUUUUUUUUUUUUUUUAUGACGUCAGUAUAAAAGAUAAUGCUAUGCUGGCUUGGCAUACCCUGGAGUCUAUUUUAAUUAUCCAAACCAUGGUUAAUCUUAACAAUGAUGCAAACAUGAAGAACCUGUAUUGUGAAAUGCAUCCAAUCAUGUAUAUGUUUAAUGCCAGCAGUACUAUACAGCCCAAACAUUUUCAGAAAAAGAGACACCUGAAAUACAAGAAAUUUUAGAUUUUAUUUAUUUUCUUAUAAAUGUGUAAACUAUAAUCACACAGAAACACAACACAUAGUUUAAAAUAGAUACAUAUUUAAAAUGAUAAUGAUAAAGAUCUUGAGAAAGAUCAAUGUUCCAGCAUGUGAUAAAAAAUAACCAUUUAUCUACAGCCCCACUGCCUCACAGCACAUCAACAAUUGAAACAUAAACUACAGUAAGUGGUACAUUAAUUGUAUUUACCAGUUUGUUGUCCUACCUGUGUGUGUAUAUAUAUAUAAUACACACACACAAAAUAUCUUUAUUAGGCAUUGGGUGCUAUAAAAUAUUGACAGUUUUUAAAAUGCAAUAGCAAACUUAUUUCUACACAACCAUAUAUAUCUUUAUUUAUAAAUAUAACAAAAUUGAAAAAGUUACAAAAUGGCGUUGUCUUGGGUCAAUACACAAAUUGACCCUGAAAGCACAUACAUUCAGCUGAAGAAGACAGAAAAUAAUUUAAUCAAGGUAUUACAUAAUCUAUAGUGCUCAUUGUGAAUGUUUACAGCCUCUAUAUUUGAAUGGGACUAAAAAAGCAUAAAGUAAUUGGUGCAUUUCGGCUGCAUUUUGUUCCCUAACAAACUGUUUAGCCAUAAUUUGGGCUUGCCACUUUUGCAGUGUGUUACUGAACACACUCUAAUUGUUCAACUACAUUUAUUUAGUACUUUAGUAUGUUGUUAUAAAGCAAGUGCAACACACCCAGAAUUACAGUAUUCUAUUAGAUACAUAAAUAUCCUUGAAAAGGGAUAAACUUGAAAUGGAAUGACACACUGGAAGGAUUGGAACAGUCAAUUCCAGUAGUUCUAACAGUAAUUCACUGCUAUUAUAAAUCCUAGUGACUAGUGCAGGUAUUAUGUAUGCAUGUAUAUCUAAACUGCAUGGUUCUCAGUUUGUACCUGUUACCACCACAUGGACUUUAACAGAUUGUCUAUAAAAUGUGUAACAGGCAAUGUUCUGUGUUUUACUGUAAUUAUAGAUACUGUUGCCCUCUAUGGGGGAGUAAAGGUAAUGCAAUACUUGUCAAAGAGGCUGCUUUAGUUUGUACAGUUGUUAACAUACCAGGUUAAAUGAUAAAGAGCUGUCUAGAGCUAUUUUUAAAAGAAGCAUAUAACAGCUUUAUAGUUACAUUAAAAUACUAUUGAAACAGCAAACAUAUCUCCAUGUUUUGGAUACCCUGCAGUAUGUCACAUACUACAUCACUACAGUUAACAACAGCAUCUUGACAUUACUGUAUUAUGCAAAAUAGAAACCAAUGUUUGAUACUAUUGAAUAUUUAACCUGUGCACAUGUAAUUUACUAAACUUAGUUUACAGUUAGCAACAGAUGGCCCUAAAACGAUGAUGUGAAACAGUGGAAAACUAAUACGUUCAGUACAACCAGCAUACAUAACUGUUCCAUGCAACACCUACUUCUGGCAGUUAACUGCAAAUCUAAAACUAAAUAUAAAGUACUUUCAAGUAGCAUCCUAUAUCAAAACACUGUUACUUGCAGAAUAUUUUUUUACAGAUUGUUCUAAUGAUAAAGCAAUACAAAGGUUAAAUUCAGAAUGAAUGCUUCAUAGACUACUUUAAAAAAAAAAAAAAAAAAACCCUCCCUGUGCUCAAAAAAACGAAAUAUUCAAACACAGGUUAGUGUACGUGUCUGUAUGGUGACUCCGUAUGUACAUGACAUGAAUGGGACAUGUUUCCUAUGUAAGGCUUCUACUUUCCUGGUCAAGCAAGGUAAUGAAAAGUAAGCUUUAAAAGCUUGGUAUCAAAAUCAUUCAAGAAUCCUAAAGCUAUCUUACAAUGAAACUGCUAUGAAAUACCCUGCUCAGUACUGAAAUAUUCUUAAGAAUUAUUCAGAAAGACUCUAGCAAAGCUUUAACAAGGUGUGCUUUGUUGUGAAAUGACCACACUGUAUCACCUAGGUGUGUAAUAAUGUCACAGCAACACACACCUUGAAGUGUCUUAUGGUGAUUAGCCAGCAGGAAAACCUGAGUAGGGUAAGAAAACAAAAGCCCGAUCUAGUUUAUAAUGGUUCAUUAAAGAGCCAUCAGAAUAUUGUAUACCUUUAGGAUUCUUUUAUAUUUAGAAAGUCCAUGGAUUCAUUUUUAUGCAUGAAAAGAGUGAGACAAAGGAGGCUGCACAAAGAUCACAAUGUCCAGUGUGAAGCAGGAUUUGGACAAGUUGGCAGAACAAUGUGUCUCUAACUACAGAAUGACACAAAAUAUGUAGAUCUGCUUUUGAGGCCUGUUCUGGGGAAUCAGAGUAUCUGUCUAGUUAUUUUUCCACUGGGGAGAUUAGAUAAUUAAUAAUACAAACCCUGAAGACUUUCAG